CAAAAGUCUCGGAAGUAGGGAUAAAAUGGUAAAGAAAUCGUAUCACGCUGCUUCAUCUCCUUCUUUUAGAUAAAACAACCCCCAGUAAGGACCAUUCUGCAAGACUGCAACCUAUUUAAAGAGGUAACUCUAGAGCUUAAAAUCGCCGGCAAAACACCGAGUCUGAGUAUUUCGCCUUUCUUAUUUACUUCAACUUCACAUUUAUCCUGCAAAAUGGGUUCUCGCUAUGAGGUCGAAGUAACAAUCACGUCAGCCAAGGACCUAAAGAACGUCAACUGGCGCCACGGCCCACUGAGGCCGUACGUAGUCGUUUGGGUUGAUCCAAACAAGAAAUGCUCCACCAGAGUCGACGAGGAAGGUGAUGCAUGUCCUCUAUGGGAUCAGACCCUUGUUAUCUCCUUGCCGCCUGGCCCAAUUCAGGAUCACACUCUCUACAUCGACAUCGUCAACGCCGGUGCUGAGGAAGACACCAAGCCGCUGAUCGGCUCCGCCCGACUAAAACUCGUCGACGUUCUCGAUGACGUCGGCGUUGGCGAACGAGCUAAGCGCACUCUCCAGCUCAAGCGUCCUUCAGGUAGACCCCAGGGGAAAGUCGAUGUUAAAGUUUCGAUCAGAGAACCACGGUAUCGUGCGCCUGAUGCGUACUACCAGCCACCUUACGGUGUCCCACCACCAUCAGCUUCGAGAGACUACCCAUAUGGAAGUCCCUACUCUGCAGCAGCACCACCACCACCACCAACAAAUCCAUACUAUGCAGCGGCGCCGCCCACUGGAUAUCCGUACGGUGGUUACAACGCGCCACCUCCACCAGCACCCUACGGUCAGUCAAGUUACGAUUACGGUCAGCAGCCCGUUUAUGUUCAGGAGGAAAAGAAGAAAAGCAAGUUUGGUGGGAUGGGGACUGGAUUGGCUGUGGGCGCGGUAGCUGGGGCUUUAGGUGGACUGGCAUUGGCGGAGGGCUUUGAUGCGCUGGAGGACCAUAUUGCUGAUGAAGCAGCGGAAAAGGUCGAGGAUGACCUUGGCUACGAUGGUGACGACUUCUAGAGACUGCCAUGGGAACUUUUUAUUUUUAUUAAAAAAUUAUUAUUAUCCUUUCGCUCUUCGAGAGCUAUCAAGAAACUUAGCGCCGUUAAGGUUUGGGAAUGCUCCCAUGCUUCAUGUCGUCGUCAUCAUCUUCUUCUUCUUCUUAAUUACCUAAAUUAAUCGUGUUGUGCUGCAUAAUCAAUGUGAUUAGAUGGGUCCCAUGUCUUGUUAUCAAAUUUGAUAUGUCACAAAUUCUAUAUUAGUUUCUUUGUUUUUGCAA